AUGACUGAUUCACCGCGUAAUGGCGAACUGGACCUGGCGAUCAUCGGUGGUGGUGCGGCCGGGGUGCUGGUGGCGAUCCAGGUAUUGCGCCAGGCCCGUGCGCCGCUGGCGCUGGCCAUCUUCGAGCCGGCCUCGCAGCUGGCGCAAGGCAUCGCCUAUGCCACGCCGUGGCCGGAGCAUCUGCUGAACGUGCCGGCGGCGAAGAUGAGCGCGUUUGCCGACGCGCCCGGCGAUUUCCUCGACUACCUGAUGGCCGCCAAUGCCUACCCGGGCGAGGCGCGCGAGGUGCUGGGCGAGCGCUACGUGUGCCGCCACUACUUCGCCGCCUACCUGCAGCAGCGCCUGCAGGAUGCCGCCGCGGCAAGCCCGGCGCAGCUGCAGGUGAUCGCGCAGCCGGUGCUGGGCCUGCAGCCGGAUGACCAUGGUUACCGGCUGCAGCUGGGCGAUGGCCAGACGCUGCACGCCGCACAGGCGGUGCUGGCCACUGGUAACAGCAUGCGCCCGCUGCCGGUGGCCGGCGCCGAUGCGCUGCCUGCCGACGAUGUGAUCGAGGCCUGGGACUACGACGGCGUACGCACCCUGGCCGGUGAGCAGGCGGUGGCCAUUGUCGGUUCCGGCCUGAGCAUGGCCGACACCGUGCUGGCGCUGGUCGCCGCUGGCCACACCGGUCCGCUGCACGUGAUCUCGCGCCAUGGCCUGCUGCCGUUGCCGCACGCGCACGGCGGCCUGCCGAGCUUCGACCCGGCCACGCUGCUGCCGAUGAACCUGCGCCAGCGCCUGCGUGCGUUGCGCCAGUUUGCCGGGCAGGCACAGCCGAAGGCACUGUGGUGCAGCCUCGAUGAGGCCGACCAGCGCCGCUUCCUGCGCCAUGUGGUGCGCUAUUGGGACGUGCAUCGCCAUCGCAUCGCCGAAGAAGUGGAUUCGCAGUUGCAGGCGCUGCAGGACAGCGGCCAGCUGCGCAUUCACCGCAGCCGCCUGCAACGCGUCUGGCGCGAGGGCGGCGCCGUGCAGCUGUCCGGCCGCGAUGCCUCGGGCAAUGAACAGCAGUGGACGAUCGGCGGGGUGAUCAACGCCACCGGCGUGGAAACCCGUGCCAGCGCGCUGCGCAAUCCGUUGCUGCAGCAGCUGCAGGCCGAUGGGCUGGCCCGCCCUGGCCCGCACGGGCUGGGCCUGGACAGCACGGUGCCGGGUGAUCGCCUGUGUGCCACCGGCGGCCAGCCACAGGCACGAUUGGGCGUGCUCGGCAGCCUGCGCAUCGGCAGCUUGUGGGAAAGCCUGGCCGUGCCUGAACUGCGUCAGCAGGCGCACGCACUGGCCACCCAGGUGGUCGCAGGAGCCGCGACGGCGAUGCCGUAA